AUGGCCAGUGCAACCAGUGCUCCAUCAGUAAGUUCCCCUACAGUUCCAACACCCAUCCCAACAGCAGCUUCAUCUAUUCCUCACCCUGUAUCUGUACCAAGUCCUCCAGCAGCUCCCUCAACUAUUUCCCCAAUUACAAUGCACCCUGUACCCGUCCAAGUUACUGCAUCAGCUCCGUCAAUUCCAGCACCCAUCCCAAAUGCAGCUUCGUCAAUUCCUCCUGCUUCAGCUCCAUCAACUACACCAGCUACAAGCCAUCUUGUACCCAUCCUGAGUCCUUCAACAGCUCCAUUAAUUACUCUCCCAACAGGUCCUACAACAGCUUCCUCUGUAGAAACCCCUACAUCUCCUCAGUCACCUGUUCCAUCUAUUACUUAUUCAGAACGAAUUGCGGUAAUUGGUCAAAAUCAUGUGUCAGAAUUAGGGAACAGUGUAGCAAAUGGUUCUGUGAAUUUUAAGUUGCCAAAUGAUUAUUGCGUUAAAUUUUUCAGUGACAAAGAAACAACAACAAAAAGCUUUAUUUAUAGUCAAUCUUUUGGAAGAGCAGUUGAAUUUUGUCCAACAAAAGUGUUUCUACAAGUGGGAGAAAAAGAUAUAAAUUCAUCUUCUGUGUCAGAAAUAGUGUUAGGAAUCCAAAACAUUAUUGAAAAACUGUGA